UCGGUGCCUCCACGUUGUAUCGCUGCCCUAUUGUUGAGAUUCUGCCUUUGCGCCGGCCCAGGCAUUGGCGAUAUCAGGACCUCGACAGCCAAGAGCCUGCCGAGCCGCCAUUCCUCUGUCAACAUAGGCUUCCACACAGCAAACCUGACCCGUUCGUUGCCCAAACAAGUUCAAUCAAGCCAAAGUGUGUCAACGGCUUUGGGGCUGGUCACUGGGAUCUUCAAAGAAAGCGGCAGCAAGAGAGACCACUCGCACCUCCUGCGCCGUUGUGACCGUGUCAUGACAUGUCCCCACCGCUCGGUCAGUCAGAUCGCCCUCGACUGCUACCAGCGACAGCAUGUCGUCCUCGGGCUCGUCCUUUACUUCCUCGUCGCUCGGUCGCCCUCCAACAUACGGACGAACAUACGUCAGUCCGGUUGAUUCAACCUGGACUCCCACCUCCGGCAUAUCAACCAUUUCUGCCCCGACCACCGAGGGGUCGGGAACUGGCACCUCGGUACUCGAUCUGGGACCCCCGGGUUUCCAGGCAACAAUAAUCCUUUUUCAAGAUACUCCCGACGAACGAGUCGUUUACUUGGGGCCUUGGGAAGUGGUGGGUUCUGAGCAACGCCGUGUUCUGUGGCAGGGUAGCUACCAGAACGAACUGCUCGAACACUUCUUGCCCUCCGACACACCCUCCGAUAUAUAUCCUCAUACCCUCCACUCGCGCCAUCGGCCGUACUAUGACCCUUCGGACAUGGAGAGAUAUCUCACGUUUCAGGAACCUCACCGGAUUCGAUACACAACGGAUGAGGGUGUUUGUAUACAUGACCAGUACGUCACGAUCAGAUAUGAGUUCACAACAGUCGAGAGCUCUAUUCAGUUUCAGGGAGAUUUGCGCAGAAAGGACCUAGUUGAUUUCUAUGACGUCGACGUCGUCUGGACAAACGUCCAUGGUCGCACAGAUGGCUUCGGCAAGGUGAAGGGGAUCGGUGCGAUUCAGAGACUCAAGCUGUGGAGGGAUCGAUAUACGACUUUCCACUCCCUCAGCGUGUGUGCGAAUAAGACGGAUGGGCAAUACCGAGAGUAUGAUAUUCACUCGUUCGACGGGGAACUGCGCGGGCGGGACGACCGCGCAAAACAGCUUCGACUCAAUGCGACUGGCAGGCGGCAUACUUCGGGCGACGACCAGCAGCACUCACACCGACGCUUUUCACUGCCGCAUCGUAUGCGAUCUCGGACCAGAACGAAUGAUUCCUCCGAGCCAAGAUCAUUACAGCAGCCGACUCUCGACAUACGAUAUCUGGCCAUCCAGUUUACUGAGCGUCAAGCAUACCGACGAUUCAUCGAGACAUGGCUUUAUUGCCACAGUUUGGACCGCGAAUUCAACGGCAUCCCAUUUCCUCCAAACCAUUUCGAACUGCCCUCGCCGCAGAUUCUGCCGGGACAUUCUCCCGAUCUACCAGUGUCAGGAUGGCCGAACCACAUGCUCGAAUCGGUGCCAGAGCCCUCGGAAGCGGCCGAAGCUACGCCCUGA